UCCAUGGUCAAAUGGUCAGCACAGUAGUUUGACCGGUUUGAACAUAGGAGAUAUCAGAAACGUUUCGGAAUAUUUCGUUCUUUUUGCUAUCUAAAACCAUAUAUCAUUACGUAUGUACAUACAAGAGCAGCUAAAAUUCUUUUUUAUCUGAUUUUUCUCGAUUUCGGCUUGCCGAAUUUUGGUAUUUACGUCCACAUUUGAUACGUAUGUGUUCCAAGUUCCGACCAUUUUUUAUUUUUGUUUGUCGCUUCUUACCAGCGACGUUGACGUUCAAACCAACGUCAAGCGUCACCAUGAAAUCGCACCUUUACUAAGGAGUAGAGGAGUAGAACGAAAUACCGAUAUUGACGUUACUGAAUACCACCAGUUUAUCGUCAUGUGUAUUGGUAUCCGCAUCAAUAGAAACUAGGUAUAGCUGAUAAUCAUUCGCAUUGAAUGGAUUUCCAACAACCAAUGCGACAAUGUUGAAAUAAUUGUUUACAGGAUGGUGUAGGACAAUGAAAAUUCCAUGGUCAAACUAUAAAUUAUAUGUAUAUACGUUGUAUAUAAAAUAAUAAUAAAAUAGGAUCGGUAAGCUAGAGCAAUACCCCCCUGGGUGUUUCGGUUCGGUUCUGACGCUCGUGAUUCAACCUAAGUUUCUUUCGUAUAAAUCAAUAUCAAUUUUGUAAAGGGAGCACUUAUACAACAAAUCUGACGUAUGUAAUACGACACAAAGGGGGACCUUGAUAAAAAAGGAGAAAACGUUAUGCAAAUUAUUGACGGAGUAAAGAAAUGGGUAGCGCUUGGUGGCAAUGCGCUGCAUGCUUGAGAACCCAGGAGGAAGACGUCUGCGAACUGCAAUUGAACCACUGCAACCUCUACGACGUACCACCUGAUGUAUUUAUCUAUGAAAGAACGCUGGAAAAACUUUUCCUCGAUGCUAAUAGGAUAAAGGAUCUGCCACGGCCAUUAUUCCAAUGCCACGAACUCCGAGUUUUGUCUCUGAGUGACAACGAAGUCGCUACACUUCCACCGGCAAUAGCUUCUCUCAUAAACUUGGAAUAUUUGGACUUGAGCAAAAACACUAUAAAAGAGCUUCCAGACAGCAUAAAAGAAUGCAAAAACUUGAGAUCUAUCGAUAUAAGUGUUAACCCAUUUGAGAGAUUUCCUGAUUCAAUAACACAUAUAGUUGGCUUGCGGGAACUUUAUUUAAAUGACGCUUACAUUGAGUAUUUACCAGCAAAUUUUGGAAGGCUGUCAUCGUUGAAGACCCUCGAGCUACGAGAAAAUAAUAUGAUGACCCUACCCAAAAGUAUGAGCCGGCUAGUUAAUCUUCAAAGACUAGAUAUAGGCAACAAUGAUUUCACUGAACUGCCCGAAGUUGUAGGAGAUUUGACAAAUCUUACAGAGCUCUGGAUAGAUGGUAACGACAUACGUAGAAUACCUACAAAUAUUGAGCAGCUAGCAAGACUCAAUCACUUUGAUUGUACAAUGAAUGCCGUGCACCUGGUACCAUCUGAAAUUCAGGGCUGGCGUGACAUUUCGAUAAUGAAUCUUUCUUCAAAUGAGAUUUAUCAGCUGCCCGACUCCCUGUGCUAUUUGAGAACCGUUGUUACUCUUAAGAUCGACGACAAUCAACUGAAUGCACUGCCUGAUGACAUCGGUCAAAUGUCUAGCUUAGAAGAAUUGAUAGUAACAAAAAACUUUCUCGAAUACUUGCCGCCCUCAAUAGGCCUUCUGAGAAAGCUACACUGUUUGAAUGCUGACAAUAAUUACCUCAGAUGUUUGCCCCCAGAGAUUGGCAGCUGUACAGCUCUGUCACUUCUCUCACUGAGGUCAAAUAAUCUGUCAAGAAUACCACCAGAAUUGGGUCACUUGUCUUCGUUAAGGGUUUUAAAUCUAGUUAACAACUGUAUAAAAUUUUUACCGGUUUCUAUGUUAAAUCUGAACUGUUUAAAAGCUCUUUGGCUUAGCGAUAAUCAAAGUCAGCCGCUCGUUCCUCUCCAGCAAGAGUUUAAUUGUGAUGAGGAUAUUAUGGUUCUCAGCUGUUUUAUGCUACCGCAAAAACCUCGACAGGAUAUCGAGCAAAUGGAACCACCUGUCGGGCCACUUGGAGGUACGAUACCCGGCUCGGGGCGUAGGAUAUGUUUUGCUGCGGGGGUAGAAUCUGAAGGUCCUCGGCAGCUCCAUCGCGCUCCAACACCUUAUCCUAAAGAACUUCGUAACCUUGCAAGGCAUGCAAGAAACGUUCAUCAUCAAAACAGCUUUGAUCAAAGAAAUCAUACGGAAACAGAAACUACCAUCAGAGAGGCAAUUGUGACAAAAGCGACUGCGUCUUUGAGCGUUGUAACUAAAUUCGGAUCUUCCACUCAGCGGAAUGACAAAAGUCCUCACCAAAGCCCUGCAACAAAAAAUAUUCAUAACUACAAUAAUCAUGGAGAUAAUAAUACUUCCGAUGUGAACGGCAGCAGAAUGUAUUUGGAAGAAUGUUCGGACGAAGUUAAUACGACUGUUUUGGCUGAAGAAAAGAGUCCUGACAUUCGUGAAGCUAAAUGUAUAAAAAAUCCAUCCUCCGAUUACAGCCAGCCACGAACUACUGUUGCCAAUUAUGUUAACUCAACUUGGAAACCAGACGAAUAUUCAAAAGCAAAUACUGCCAAAAUAAUAGAGUCUGAGAAGUUUAUGGAACCCUAUCGAAGCACUCCGAUUAAUGGGAAUAAGGAUAUUACCAAUCAUUUUGGCAUCGACGCUUUCAAAGUUAACGAUGUUCCGCCGCUGCCACCGCCUUAUCACAUUGCGGCAACAUUCUCAAAAAAAGCAAUGCUUUUUCAGCAGAAUAAUAGUGCUAUGAUCGAGUCGCAAGUCUUGCCCUUUAAAUUAUCGUUGCUGAGUUUGCAAAAAUAUGAUCCGCCAUCUAGCCUAGUGAGUCAAAUUAGUCAAACAAUAACCAAAAGCCCAGUUGAAGACGAGGGAAAUUGUAAUCGGUUAGGAACUGAGAAUAUUGCAUUAAUUUAUGGAAAUAAAUUACCUACAGUGGAUUCACAUUCGAUAGAUGGUGAUUCAAAAGUGUCAGUUGACCCCGAUGUAGUUGAUAAUCCAGAGGUUCAAAUCAAGAAUGUGUUGUGCUCAGAUCAUAUGUCUGAGGAUGAUCAAACUUCGCGACCAAGUAAAAUACCAAUUUUUAAACAAAAAUACUUGGAGAAUGAUUCACUCAAUAAAUUUUCAAAUUCUGUGGAGAAUGGUGAUAGUUAUAAAUCGUUGAAUUUAAUAUCGACCCCUACGUCACCGAUAACAGGGAAGAAAUAUAGAGUUCCGCUGUGUUUGCAAUCUAAAAUGAGUGUUGAUCGUACAGUGAAAAGUGAUGAUAUCAUUGCACUAAACAAAAAGGACUUGGAUAUUCGUGGUGACAUUGAAAUAGAUUUGUCCAGCGAACGAUACGUAGUUGAUAAUAUCAUUCCGAACAAUAAUUUUAAUCGUGAAUCGAAUUCAGUAGAAAAUAAAUCUGAUGACUUGGAAAAAAAUCCUAAUUUAAUACAUACAUUGGAUGACAAUUUGCCGAGUCAAUGCUCCAUAAAAAUGGAUAAUGAAAUAAUAUCUGGCAGAAGUACACCUGCUUCAAUUGUGUCCGAUAAAACACUCGAUAAUAUAAAUAUGUCAAUUAAUGCUAAAUCAAAAAUUCCAACUUUAACGAACUCGCCAAGUCCUGAAAGAAAGCCAAGACUAAAAUGGAUGUUCGGACCCCACAAAAACGCAAAUGUCUUCCCCAUACAAGUGAGAAAAAAUCCUGGUCUUGGAUUCAGCAUUGCAGGAGGAGUUGCGGGAGCUGAAACGGGUAUUAUAGUGACAAAAGUAAAUCCAGAGGGUCCAGCACAAGGCACACUUCGACCUGGUGAUAAAAUCUUAGAAGUGGACGGCAUUGACUUUACUAAAAUGGAUCACGACAGAGCCGUAUCUGUUCUGAGAGCUACAAAUCCAGUUGUUUCCAUGAUGAUUAGUAGGCAUCAAUGAAGAACAGCCUUCUUUUUCGUGUCAUUGUUGUUAGAUAUUUUAAAUAGUAUUUGAGAACUGAUCACAUCUCUAUCUAGACUGAGUAGCAAUACGUUGUUAUAUUUUAAUCUAGACUAACAUUUACUAUUUACUUCCAUAUAUCAGUUUAACUUGUUUAACAAUUUAAUUUACAAAAUGCACACCGAGGUACUACAUUUCAUUUUCGCACACUGUUUACAUUACCAAACCGAUAAUCAUUCAACAAUAUUAUUUUAUUGGCAAUCGUUUGGACUGUCCAACUGUUAAUAAAAACAAAAGGUCGUUAGUUGUUUGUUCCUCCUGAAAUUUAAAAAAAUACUAGAUCCAGAUUUAUGAAUUUUGAAGCUAGUAAUAAAUCGUUGCCGAGUUGUUCUUGUUGAACCACAGUAGCGAUAACGUGCCACUGGGAUAAAAAAAACAAAACAAAAAGGACAAAUUAUAAUGAUAUUUAUUAAUCGUAUAAAACUCCGUAUAUUAUCAUGUGGAAAAACAAAUUCUUCUAUGUGCCGUACUUAUUUGAUAAUUUUAAUGUUGUAAAAUUUAUUUUCAACUUACCCCUGGGUAAUUUUAACGAAUACAGCUGAAAAUGCCCGACGGAUUUUGACGUAUUCAUUUAUGGGUUUUUUCGGCUGCUUGUUUUAAUUACAAUUUCAUUUCAAUCGAAAUUUUCUACUUACCCGGUACAUAACGGUGAAAUUUUUCAUUAUUAUCAUUUGUAGUAUAAUUCCAACGUUGGAAUUGUAUACCUCAUUGUCAGAAAUACCAUUUGUUUAUAGAUCCCUUGUUUUUGCUCAAUAUAUCGUUUAUAAGUAUUUUGCAUGCGUCUACCUGGAAUCGUUGAUUGAUUUUUAUAGAUUUCGGAAGUUUUAAAAAUAGCCUCUCUCUAAUCAACGUUUUAUUGUUAUUCGAUAUUGUUUAAAUUUUUAUUAUUUAUUAUGUAUAAAGGUUAGCUUAUACGUACAAUCUACCCGUUAUAGGGGCGAAAAAAAACUACGUAAGGUGUCGUGGGACACCCGACAGGAGCGAAGCUUCUUACGCUUUGAACGUAAAAUCCAAUUAUUUAUUAAUAUAUUUGAAUUUCGAUAUGGUAGUAACAUAGAUAUAGUUCGAUAUAUCUGUGGUAGUAAAUUGUUAUUCGGAUAUAUUUAGAAAUGCAGAAAAAAAAUAUAAGUUUAUUUCGUAGCUCUUUAUAUUCAAAUACAUAUCCAUGAAUAUAUCACCCAAAACAGCAUCAGGGGUUGAAAACUUGCACACACAUGCACAUAAUGUCAUAAGAGUGAAGUACUACAUGAGUAAGAAGCACUUCCACUCUCUAGUUCUGUAUCUCGCUCAUUUACAUAGUCAACAAUAUGCAGUGCGUAGCCGGCGAGAAUCGUUGCAAAUUCCGUUUGCGAUGUUUUACCCAAGGUUUUACCUUGUCCGAGCAUAGGUCCUCAUCCCAAACGUGCGUGAAGAAGCUUCGCUUCAAAAAGAAUUCAUGUUGAGCUGUUGAAACAACACUGUUUGUACUAUUUUUAUCAUCAGUGCAUUUACUAACAAUAAGUAGACAAGAAAAAAACCUGCCAGAUAAUCUAUUGAAAGCUAUUUCGUUUUUGGUAUCAGGUCCGAACAUACACUCUAUUCAAUUAUUAUAAGUAAUAUGUGCCAGAUAUUUAAUUGUCGGACUAUAAUUCAUUUAUGCUAAUGGCAUAGCCAAACGUGACUCCUUCUUCACUUUUGUUGCCCUUAGUACUAACAAUAAAUGGUUUGAUUAGGUAAGAUUUUCGACCACUUCACCAUCAAAUUUCACACUUUUCUAAUUAAACAGACUGACUAACUUUUUGGACAAGUAUUUAGUGGGUAUAUUAUUGUUACUCACUUGAAUGAAAAAAUAUAAUAUUCUUGUACGUAGGUGAUAUGAGCAUCAAAUGUUAAUUGCGCGUGCCAAUCAACGGCGGCGUAUACAUACCCCUACAUUUAAAGUUCAAAAUCAACCACUUCUAAAGCUGAAAACAAUUUUUUUUUUUUUCUUAUCAAAGAUAUUCCUCUCAUGUUUUUGCUCUACUAUCCUCUAUACCUGAGCUGCUUCAUUUAUCCAAUCAUUCUUCCCGUGUCUGUUUAGGAUCAAUAACAUUGAAUGAUAUGCUUAAAUGAAAUUAGAUUAUCAGUAUAUAAAAUGAAUGGAAAUAAGAGAUAUCUUUACAGAAAACUCGGAGUCUCACAAUCAGAGGUGGCUAGAUAUAUUGAUAAUAACAUCCGCGAUUUAAUUUUUGGAAAAUGGUGUAGAAAAAUCAAAAGCCAGGAAAAAGAAAUGCUUGACUAAUUCUUGUGAUGUAAGUGCAACUAAUUACAUCAGAUAUAUUCUAACUAAUUAUCCGAUGAUGACUGUUCUGCAUCCGUAUCUGAAAACACACAUAUUUUUUUCGGAACAUUUCAGUUCUUCUCAACCAACAAUUUUUUUCAGUUUCAUAGCUCGCAACCUAGCUUCAUUCGGUAGCCAUGUAAUUAGGUUUGAAUUAUUACUCGACUAGUAUGCAGCAUUUGACUAACCGGUAGCAAACCUUUUUUUAUUGAAUAGAAAUCUGUAACUGUGUGUUAUCAGAAUCUGAUUCCACGACUGCCAAACUCUUGUGAUUGGAAUACCUAGCCUUAGAUCAUACGUAUAUUAUAAAUUUUACAUCAAAUGUAUGUAUAAUACGUAAAUAUACAUACACAUACCUAUAUGUGUAUACCUAUGUUCACUCAGGUCUAAUAUACAGACACUGUAUAACAAGCAUAAAUAACUUUGUACAGUUGAACACGGAUAAGUGAGUCCAAGGUUCCCUUUUCUCCAUAGAAACUGAAAAAGCAAGAAAUUCUUCGACUCCGUCAGCUAAAAUUUUCAUAAGAUGGGGAACUGGUCUUCCGCUGAACUUUCUUACUAGCAAAAGUUUGAUAGCCAAUUAUUGACACACACCCUUGUGAAGUUGACCCCUCGAAACAUCACGAAUUUUUUUAAUAAAUCACCCAUUAUUUGCCCUCUCCUUAUGGUAUUGGUUUCGAAGUCAUCACGUGUCGAAAUUUGGCGCGGGGGGAGGGGGCGAAUUACCUACGUAAAGUUGGUCUUCCCACCUGAAUUUGGAAGGAAUUCGUUUGCCCUUGUUUGCUCCAUGUUCAGUUUUAUGGGUUGAGCCUUAAAAUUAAUUACCGGACUAUCGUUAAACAAUGAUUCGGAAUCCAGCCCCCAUAUUCCUAAAGGAAAAAAUGCUGCGUCCCAAUAAUCGCGACGAUCUAAUGUUUUUUUACCCCUAGACCCCUCUGACCUUGACUGCAACCCCUAGAAUACCUUGAGCGGGUAGGCGAACGUUACAAAUCUGGAUGGGUCUCGUUUUCUUCUAGAAACUUUAAGGGAUUUUGGUUACUUGUCCGCCCCUACCCCCGUGCCCCUCCUCUGAAGAAAUUAUGCUAUCCCCAAAUUUGACGUGAAAAUCUGAAUUUAUCACGUGUCGAUGGGACGAAUUUAUCACGAUGUACGUGGGAGUCAACUUCAUACACGUAGCCCGACCAAAUUUCGACACGCGAUAACCUCGAAAUCAAAAAGGGGCAACUCUUUGGGGCGAACGAAAGAAAAGGGAGGCCCAUCACGGGCAACGAUGGGCAAUCCCUGUGACGUAUUAAAAAAAUUUCGAGACUUUGCGGGGGGGCCAAGUUCACAAAGGUUCAAACACCUGAGAAAUUAACCAGGAUUUCCUUGCUCGUUGAUAGUCAAACAGCUCUUUCCAGUUGCUAAAAUUAUAAUAUCUACCGAAAGAAACUUUGUGCUUUCCUAACAAUUCUGGAAAUUUUCAUCAGGCACAAACUGAUUCUAACAACCAAUGCCUGCAAUUAGGCAUACUGGACCGGGAGCUCAUGACACUUUUUUAUGCGUCAUAAUUUACCGCUCAUAAGCAGCUCAAAUUCCAUAAAUCUGUGCCUCGUUCAUAAAGAUCGCAUUGGGGACCAAAAACCGUGGCUACAGAAGGCUAUGGAGGACACCAGCUAAUUAUUAUGUUCGGGAGUUGCAUUGUCAAAUGAAAUAAACCGAUAACAUGUGGCUAGUAGGCCAGUCAAUAGAGCUUUUUUCAUGCAAUAAAAUUGUACAGAAAACGACUUGCGCUAUCUUUUAGAGAAUAGCGCCUAGAUGAAAACGUAUGUUUCGGGUAGAGCAAAUUUGCUUUAGAAAUUUGUUUAAACAACGAAAAACCGUAAAAAAAUGGACAAUUUUUUAGUUUUUCGCAAAUAUCUCGAAAAGUAAAGAAGAGAUCAUUUUACUGUCAAUUAGGCUUUUGUAGAGAAUUGAAAAACCUACAAAAUGUUUUUUUAAACAACUCGAUCGGUGCAUUUUCCACCGAGAAAAUCCGGCAAAACCGCGAAAAAAACCGUUUUUUUUUAAAUUCAUUACUCUCACAAAUUUGAAGCUGGAAAAACAAUAUUGCGGCAAAUGAUGGGUAAUAGUAGUUUAAUGAUGCGUAAGAUGGUUUCUGUCCGACGCAUAGUUUUUGCACAAUCGCGUUGUAAACAAUAAGAGGGCUCAUCUUGUCAAAUGCAUGACUAUAAGAAAAAUGGCCCGAUCGAAAUUCUGUUGAUGGUUCCAAAAAGUAUAGAUUGAAAUCUUUGAUUUGUCCAUCUCAGAUUUUCACGUGGGGGGUGCGAAAUCACUGAAAUAGAGAUAUACCUAUUUCAGUGUGCGAAAUAUCUCAAUAAUGGCUCUGAAAGUGUUCAUUUUUUACGGUUUUUCGUUUGUUUAAACCAAUUUCUAAAGCAAAUUUGCUCUACCCGAAACAUACGUUUUCAUCUAGGCGCUAUUCUCUAAAAGAUAGCGCACGUCGUUUUCUGUACAAUUUUAUUGCAAGAAUCGCCUUUUUUUCGCUCUAUUGACCGGCCUAUAGGCUUCUGGUGAACCAAAAUGUUCGGCGACCGUAUUAUACUUUGAAUUUGACGAUGAGAGACUAAUUGGAGAUAUUAACGAAAUGCUGAACAGUAAGCUUCAGUCAUUUUUGCAAUAAAUUUUAUUUACCAAAGCAUGGGGUGCUCGUCCUUUUUUGUCCACGAUAUGAUUUUCAUGACUUGAGACACAGAUUUAUGGAAUUUGAGAUGCUUAUGAGCGGUAAAUUAUGACGCAUAAAAAAAAUUUUCUGAGUUUCCGUAAGUACGUACAUACGUAUGUAUGUACGUACGUGCGUAUGUUGAAAUGACAGUAGAUUCAGUAAUUGGAAGAAAGCUUUAACCAACAAAAUCUGGUUCCAUUGCCAUUCUUAUAAGAUUCUAAGAUUAAUUUGUUCUUCAAAAACUCACUCGACGCACAUUGUAUUUCGCCAUUAUUUUACGGUAAUAUCAUAUAAUAUUUUGUUUACUAUUAAGGUUAUUAGAAUUUUUAACAAGUUCCAUCGUAGAAUCUAUGUGUGUCCUUUGGUUGUGAAAUUAUACAGAAAUUAGGAAGCAAGGAAAAAUUGAAAGAAAAAUUAGGUAAAUUAUUAAAUAGAUGAAAAAAUCAACAACUUUGUGUACCCUUGACUUAUUCUGUACGGCAACCGUGUAAUAUCAUGAAUAACGUAAUAAAUAUUACUAUCAAAUUAAAAGAAAGCAUAAAAUAAAUAAAUAUUCAUAAUAUUUUAGUAGGUAUAGAACAUGCUAUUUUUUGUUACCUACAAACAAUGUGAUAUACAGUAGCUAAUAUACGGUGCCUGCAGAAUAGGGUUGACCAUAUCUUUAUACAUAUAUACCACCUAUCGUACUUCUUAAGUCUGAAAAAAAUUUAUGAAUUUAUUGUGUAUAUUGUACAUGUACAAAAGUGCUGCGACAGUGUAUCGAUUGGUACACCGACUGGCUCACAUACCUAUAGUAAAUAUUUGUAACUCGAGAGACAUAAUAAAUUAGCUACUUAUACAUUUGAAA